AUGGGCACGCAAAUUCAGCCAAUUCUUAAACCUUCAGCCGCCGUUCCUCCGCAUUUUAUGGCAGUCGUAGCGUCGACAUCAGAUGAUUUCUAUGCAAAUUAUGCGUUCGAAACGUCUGACCCGAAAAAUGAAAACUCCAUCAGGGUACCCCGCAAUACAACAGAAAAUCGAAGGCUGAAAUAUGGUCACACAGAAGAUGAUAACUCAGAUAUUGCAUAUUUAAAUUUUCCAGUAAUUGUUCCUUCUCUCAUAUUUACCGUCAUUUCUAUGGGAUGUUUCAUAGGUGGGAUAAUAACAUCACUAACAACAGAUUAUAUUCCUGAUGAACGGGAAUUAAUACGAGGGUACGUCAUUGAAUACGGUAGCAGCCGUUUCCGAUGUAAUGUUAACUGGGUGUUCUGGUACUCGUAUGGGUGCGUAGGUUCGAAUCUCACUUCGUGCAGGAAUUUUUGGUUCUUAACAUUAUUAUAUUUUUCAGUCUACUAUUCCAUUCCCAGUUGUGGACUACCAUCAAUUUUGAAUUUAUUCGAGUUGAAUGUAAUUGGAAACGUAUUGUUUCGAUAUGCGGUAUGUAUUCCAGUUGUUAUCAGAGUAUUCAAUGCUCUAACUGUCAGAAACCUUCUUCGUCAUGAAUAUUCCACAAAGUUCUCUUCUCUACACAAAGUAAUGGCUGAUUCGAUGCCGAUUUUCACAUUUGUCGAGGCUCUUAUGAUGUCUCUUUUCAGUAUUGUUACUGUUCAUGAAGAUUUUCCUGAAGCUAAUAGAUUUUUCAAAAUAGUGUUUGCAAUGUCCUCUGUGGUCAACAUGCUUACAACUACAACUGUGAUGUUUGCUUUCUCUUCAAAUGCUGAGAGCAAAUGGGACACAAUUUCAAUGAUCAUGAAGUUGAUUUCUGUAGUAAUUUAUGUCUAUUUUAUGCCUCAAUACAUUCAAUAUCAUCAAUCUUCAAUCACAUUCCCCAUUUGCCAUUCAUACAUGCCCCAACUGUUCGCUCUAAUGGAAUACGUCAUCAUCGCUGCUUAUGCAGCUUUCCAUCUCUCUUUUCUCAUUGAUAUUCGAAAUAUUUCAUUCAUUUGCUUCCCGAGAUCUGCCAGUGGAGAAUGCGAACCAGUCGAUCCAACCAACUUCAAAAAGGGUGCCAAAUAUGAGCACUGCAGAGCUUUCGAGUAUAAUCAGCGGAGAAUCAUGAGCUUGUAA